AUGAAAAUUCUAACAACAUCAACGAAGCAUGAAAAUUUUGAUACAAGUGUCCCAUCUAAACUUAACAAUAAAAUGACCAUCAAUACUCCUAUAAUCAAAAAUUUACCUGUACAAAAUAUAUUAACAACUCCAUUGAAAAAUAUUCAAACACCUGUAACAUCAAUUGGACAUAUCGACAUGAAAGAUUCAUCAUCAAAUACAACUGAAAUAAACAUAGAUCAUCAAUCUGUUAUGCUUAAUUCGUCAUUAACAGAUUAUAUUUGUCGUAAAAGUGAAUCUUCAAUAGAUUUGAAAAAUUUAUUGAUGGAAUCAAACGAAAAUAAAUCAUUACUUCCAUUACAUUCACGAUAUCUCGUCUCCUUCGAAUUUGCUAAUCGAGAAGAACAUUUAGUUGAAGUUGCUGAACUUGAACGUUCAUUUUAUCGAGUUUCACGUAUAAAUAUAUAUAAAAAAGUACGUGAACGUUUAGCUAUAAUGAAGCUAAUUGAUAUUGAUUUAACAAAUUUAUUACGAGCUAUUUUACAAUCUUUUCCAUAG